AGGAAGUGUAGGAAACGGCUACUAGAAAUACAAAUCUUUAUCAGACGAGACGGCUACUCGUCAUAAUUUCUGCACGCCUAGUCAACCAAAUAAACAAGCCUAGUACGUUAAGUCACUUUCACACAAUUUAGAGUCUAUCCCUAGCGCAACACGUACACCGCGUUUCCCAUAUAAACGCUAUGGCGCUUCUAAACUCUGUGGUACACGCGCUGCAUAUCAGUGGAUUGUGGCCCGGAAGCAAUCGUUAAUAGUAUUAGUAGUUAAAAGAUAUCGUUGUUAUUUAAUAAGGAAACAAUAUUAAUUGUUCUUAAAACUUUUCCUUUAUAUAUCUCAUUAGAUCAAUCACCGAUCAUUGUCUGUGUGUACUGUAUUCAACAGUAUAUGUGAAACCAAAGCUUACUUGCAACAGAAAUGUUGCAGACUGAGUCCUCCAAUUUUACUGUUAUAUCAGUUAUCGGACAAAGUAAUACAUUAACGUCGAAACAAACUAUAUUCUAUAAGCGCUAAUGUUUAAAAGGUUUCAGAAGAAAUAAAUCGCCCAAUUGUCAGCUGACAGUGUUGGUAAAAUCAUGUGAUCUAGGAAAACCAAAGCAGGAACACAAACGCUAAUUUAACAGUACACAACCCGAUUCUUCAGUCAGAGCGGCUUCAACCAGGACAACAGUCCUACAGUGGCACCGAAUGUGGGCUGGCAGACUGGAGCCUGAGCCCUUACUGAAGCUGUGAAUGUGGAAGGCAACCCAGACCACCUGUGAUCAUGGACAUUACUGCUGAAGAUACCUUGCCCAUCCAUGGAGAGCAGACCCCUACUGAGGAGACUGAUGUGCCCUCCGUUUACCUGGGUGGGCCCUCCGAAGCCAAGAACAACUACGAACGUUUUGGAGGCAAACCAGGAACCACGUUCUUCCAGACUCUCAUCCACUUACUAAAGGGGAAUAUUGGCACAGGGCUUCUGGGUUUGCCUCUUGCAAUCAAGCAUGCUGGGCUUGUGGUUGGUCCUGUCAGUCUCUUUCUGAUGGGGAUAGUGGCAGUCCACUGCAUGAACAUUCUUGUCCAGUGCUCACAUCACCUCGGGAAUAGGUUGGGCAGAACUUCUUUGAGUUAUGGAGAUGUUAUGGAGCAGUCCAUGGAAAAUGUUUCCUGUUUGAGGAGAUACUCUGUUUGGGGAAGGCGUGUGGUGAACCUGUUCCUGAUCAUUACCCAGCUCGGCUUCUGCUGUGUUUACUUCGUAUUCCUCAGUGCCAACGUUAAGCAGGUGGUAGAGGCUGCUAAUAGCACCACUGUGGACUGCCACAACAACCAAACCACGGUGUUGGGGACAAGCUUCGACUCGCGCCUCUACAUGCUGUGUUUUUUGCCCUUCAUCAUUCUCCUGGUGUUCACGCCCAACCUGAAGUACCUGGCACCCUUCUCACUGGUGGCCAACUUAGCCAUGUGUGCCAGCCUGUUUCUGAUCUACUGGUAUUCUGUUCAGAAUAUCCCGGUCCCUGUCUCCCUUCCAUAUGUCGGUCAACCCGCGGCCUACCCCCUCUUCUUUGGAACUGCCAUAUUCGCUUUUGAGGGGAUAGGAGUGGUGCUCCCUCUCGAGAACAAAAUGCACAAACCCCACCAGUUCAAGCUGGUUCUGUACCUCGGCAUGGCCAUGGUGAGCGUCCUCUACAUCAGCCUGGGCACCAUUGGGUACCUGCGUUUCGGAUCAGAUAUCGGCGCCAGCAUCACCCUCAACCUGCCAACCUGCUGGUUGUACCAGAUCGUAAAGCUUCUGUACUGUUUUGGCAUCUUCAUCACGUACGCCCUGCAGUUCUACGUCCCGGCUGAGCUCAUCACCCCCGCCGCAGUGGCCCGCGUUGGGGAGAGGUGGAAGCUUCCGGUGGACCUCGCCGUUCGAACCACCCUCGUCGUCUUCACCUGUCUCCUGGCCAUAUUGAUCCCAGAGCUGGACUUGGUGAUCUCCCUGGUGGGCUCCAUCAGCAGCAGUGCCCUGGCCCUCAUCUUCCCGCCCAUGGUGCAGAUCUUCACCUUUCACACGGAGGGCCUCUCUCCCUGGACGGCAAUCAAGAACUUGCUCAUCACCCUGGUAGGCUUUGUUGGCUUUGUGGCUGGCACCUACGUUAGCAUUGAGCAGAUCAUCAACCGCAGCCACCUGAAGCCCAGCAAAACCUUCUUCGAAAGCCCCUAAAUUUGGACGCAAGUAGGAGUCGCCUGUUUGUCAAAAGCAUGCACCAUGUCACUAAUUCAUUUGUUUAAGGCCAAUAUUUAAUCAAUGUUUGUCUUUAAUUUUAAUUUAAGCAUUAAUCCAAGUGUUUUUCCUUAAACACAGUAGCCAGUUGGCAAGUUUAUUUUGGUCAGUGGUUCCCUAAUCUCCUCUCAGCCGUAUCCAGGUAUGCAAGGGCUUGAUUCGGUUGGGUGUGUUUGAGGUGGAACACAUCAAAUACCAGCUUCCAGCUUGGGGUGCCCGAAGAGUGGUUUGGGAACCGCUGGUUUAGGUGAUUGCUACACCAAAACUGCGUUGUUGAAGAUAAAAAUGAACACCAGCAGUUGGCAGUUAGAGCAAAGUGUCAGUAUCCAGGCCUGUUGGAUCCCGGGCCACUCGCACUUUAGUCACUACACCCUUCAAAACAAUGGUGAAUAUGCUGCCAAUGGUACUUUUUAGUACUUUUUUUUGGUUUUUAUUUAUUUCUAUUUCUCUCAUCUGUGUAAGUAUCCGGUUUAAUCAGCAGAAUAACCAUGUUCACAGGAGGACCCCAGUUGUGCAUAGGCGAAAUAUUAAACGGUGCACAUCAGUUUUUUUGUUUGCUUGUUUUAUUUUUUCUUGUUCCACAAUCCCAUCAUCCCUACUGUACUUCUUUUUUAACAUUUAUUUUUCUACAGAAGAAAAGUAACUGCUGCUGUAGUUGCCUUUUAAAUAUUUUAUGAUGCCUUGUCAGAUGACAUUUUAAGUUUCUAAACUCCUGCAAAAUAAAUAUACGGUAUGCUUGCCAAUGAAAGCAGACUCACACCCUCUUAAUUGUGUGUACACGGAAUGAAUUAAUUGUCAAAACAUACGUUUUGGAAAUAUAAUUUUGUGAGCACUAAUUCAGUGUGCACAGUGUAGUAAUUUCAUAGUCCAUUAAUAAUUCUUGCCCCAACCAAUCCUGCUAGUAAUAUUUAAAAUAUUUAGCUAGCCCAACAAAAUAAGCCCAACCAGUGUUAUCCAUACCGGACUCCAAAUAGCAUUGCACGUUCUUAACUAUUUGGAGUUUAGAUACUCUAUAUGAAUAUGAGGAUGAUUAUGGUUUGUGCUUUACUAGGUUCCACAAGAAGCAAAAUUUAAAUAAAUCAUGUUCACCAUUGAAACAUUGUGAUUACUUAGAAACUUUAUACUGGAGUCUAUAAAAUAUAAAUACCAAGAUGAAUAUAAUUAUAUUGAGAUUUUGGUUAGUUAAUGGCCUUGGAUUAGCAUCUUGAAUUUUCAAGGUCACAAUUUGUAAGUUGACUAUAAUAUUCAUUAAAUACUUGUGUAAAUUUAGUGGAUGGUUCAUGUGCUCAAAAAAAAAAAAGACCUCUGUAUAGUUUAGGAAUUUAUUUUCAGUACUUUUGUUUGAAAUAAGGGGAACCAUCCAUGGUAGCAUAACUGCUUGUUUAUUAUAGUAUGUACAUUUCAUGUAGUCAUUUCAAUGUUUUAAAUGCCAGAAGAGAGAGGGUGUGAUAUUAUGGAUUGUGUGCAAUGGUAUAGUUUUUAACUGAAAUUAGUCAAUGACUUUCACACCUGGUCUGAACUGGACACCGGUUUAUUUUCUAUUGAUUUAGUUACCUUGCAUCUUUUGUUAUUAAGUGUAUAUUGUGAACAUAAUUGAAUCCUUAUGAUUCAAGUAAAUAUAUAUGUGUAUAUUACAGUGAAUAGAUCAUGUGGAAUGUCUGUAUAUUUUGCAGUUAUAACAAACUUGAAAUUAUAGCAAAAUUAAAAUUUCAUAGAUAAAAAAUGUCUAGACAUAUGAGGGAAUUUUUUUUUUUAUUGGAUGCUUAUUUGUGAAUGUUUAAUUGUCUACAGUUGUAUUAUUGUGCUCACUUACAGCCAUUUGACUGUCGCCCGCUAUUAAAAUUAAUUUGAUGCGCAGCGGAGAUGGAUUGGAGGAACACUUCCUCUAUUGAGGUGUUGAUUAUGAAACAGAAUUUACAAGUGACAUCCGGCUUGCAAACUUACACAUUCCUGUCUGUCACACAUAAUACGUGAAUGCCAAUUAAUGUGUUUUCCUGAAUGCUCAUCUUGCAAUGGGAAGAAAAUGCUCAAAUUGAACAUUUUUUGAAAAAGGUUGCUUGAUGUGUAUGACUUGUAUUUUCCGUGGCCUACGCAAAUGUAACCUCUCAUGGAGGUUUUUUUUUUUUUUUUUUUGCUGUGAAUGAUUCUUGAAGAAUACUAUGCUGUACCAUUCGUGAUGCCUAGCCUUCAUUUUUCUCAGCAUGAUUUUGCCACUAAUGAUGUACUAUGUGAUGUUAGUUAGAAUAUGAUGACACUUUUAAAUGAAGGCAACCUGUUUUAGAUGCUGUGUUCGAUAUCGUGUCAGUAUUGGUGUACUGAAAGUGUUAUGGCAUUGCUCAACCGUUGGUGUACUGACAGUGUAAUCUUAAAUUAGAAACCCAGCAGUCACAUUGGAGGCUCUGUUGAUGUUCACAUUUUUUUCUUUUUUUGAUCAACACAACUAUUUUAUGCCAACCUCUCUAAAUGCAUCUUCAAUCAUCCAAACUGUAAAUACUGUAUAUGAUAUAUAUGACAUAACUGUUACUGUAUGUAUAGGGCAUGAUCCUGAACAAAGGAAGCACAUUUAUGACAUUUUUUCUCAGACCUGUUCAGUGCAGACCACUGUUGGGUGUAAAUGAGAUGUAAAUGAAUGUAUGUAUUCUGAAGCUGAUGAGGAAUUUUUUUUUUAAUGCAAAACAUUAAUGAGGGCUAAUUACGGGUGUUUGAUAUUGCUUGAUUGAUAUUCUAAAUUGUCAUUGGGUAUUAAGCAAUUAGUUGAAAUGUACAAAGUAAUUUAGCUCCAAAUACCGUGUGUAUUGUUUUCUUCUGUCAACAUCUCCUGCAGUUUUUCCCUUAGACAUAAUACUGAACAAUAAUUUCCUUGGAAAGUGAUCUUGUUUUAGAUUAAGUUAUAUACUGUAUGACAUCAGAAAAAAAGAUGUUCUUCUGGUGUGAAAAAUGAAUUUGCAUUCGAAAUUAAAAUUAACUUGACAUAAUCUUAAAUAAAGUUGUCAUGUUUAGUAGUUA